AUGUUUAGAUCACAAGGGUCAGAGAGGGACGACUUAUAUACCGAUGUUUUGUUUUCCUCUGUGCAUUUUAUUUCCAAUCGAUUUGAGACCCAUAUCACUGGAGAAGAAUUGCAAGAUGAUCUAAAGUGGGGACAUAGAAAGCUUAUCGGAGAAGAAGAAAAAGGGAGGACAACCACACAGGAGCGACAACCCAUCACCACUGGAACAAACCAAACCUUGUUCUCAUCCAUGGCUAUAGAGGUAACUCAAGUGGCAAUUCAUAAUGCAUGUAUCUCUACUGACAUAAAAUUUCACCAUACCAGAUCUGGUGUUUUUCACCAAAUCGUAUUCGAUAAGGACGGAGCUUACAGAAGUGUUUCAGGUGAAAUGGCGGAUAUGGAUGAGAAGAUGGUGGAGAAAGUGAUGCUUGUUAGUAGUGGAAUUGGGUAUAUAGAAGAGCAUAAAUCUAAGUAUCUGAAGAAGAUUGGGCGGAAUGUGGCGGAGAUUUUGGUAGCAGAAAAAUCAAGAGAGGGGGGAGGAAGAAGCUCGAUGACGGAUGUGUUAAAUCAACAGUCGCCGGUGGUGAUGUUAUUUUUGACAUCAAUAAAGCAAGAAAGUGAGGUGGUGGUAUGUGGUGGCGAUCAAGCGGGUUUCCGGCGGUCGUUGUAUCCUCGGUGGCCGAAUUUUAGUUUCAAAUGA